GAAGAGCUGGAUAAUAUCAACGGUGUUUGCUAGGUUCAACUACAGGCAAUAUGGAUGCAAUUACCUCUUAUCUACCUCAGCAUGCGGGAUUCCUGCCCAAGUGGCUACUCUUCGUCUCAGUCGUAUCAUCUCUAAACACCUUUCAGGCAUUUGCCAGCCCUGCUUAUACCGGUCAACUUUACUCUGCGACUCCAGUGACGCCUCUCUCCUCACGCAAAUUCGGGACCUGGACCUUUCUAUCCUCUAUCAUUCGCAUGUACGCCGCCUACUAUGUGUCCAACCCUCAAGUAUACGACCUUGCUAUGUGGACUUAUGGGAUUGCACUGGCGCAUUUUGCGAGUGAGUGGUUGGUUUUCGGCACUGCAAAGGCACAGGGGAGGUUUAUCAGCCCCCUUAUCGUAGCAAGUUGCAGUUUGACGUGGAUGCUCACUCAAAGAAGCUGGUAUCUGAGCCUGUGAUGU